AUGUCUUCUGUGCCUUCUGUACAACAAAUUACUUCUAAAGAGAUUCUCAUAAAAAAGGCAAAUUCUGGUACAUCCAUACCAGCAAAUUAUAGUACAACACCUUCAGGAACAAUCUAUUCUAAUACACCUGGAGGAACGAAGAUAAUUUAUGAUCGUAAUACUUUACUUAAUUUAGCAAAUUCUCCACUUGCAAAAACUCCAACUAAAUUAGCAUACAUUCCUGGUGUUACUAUUCCACAAACAACAGACCAAGAUUCCUCUGAAAAAAAUGAUUCCAACAAUAACAAAAAAUUGAAUAGAGUUGCUGGUCAUUUGGCACCCCCAAAUUCUAAUUAUCCUGGUUUUAAAAACACUUUGGUUGAUUCCAAUCAAAAUGGUAACAUUAGUAGUGGAGGUGAAAGUGGUGAUGAGGAGAAUACACCAGUAAAUAUUCAAUGUAGCAAUUGUAAUCACUUAAUAAAUGCUCCAGCUUACCUUUUACUCUAA